AUGAAAUUGGCCAGCCCAGCUACGUCCCAAAAAGCAUUUAUCCGAAUGCUUGAACAUCGUGCCCAUCGCACAGGACGAAUGGGCAGUAUAUGUGGUGAUACAUUCCACAAGGUGUAUCGGGAAUUUUCUUUCUGCAACUGGAAGAAAGAGCAUCUGUGCCUGGUUGAGCCCUUCAUCUGCCCUGCAUGCACACCAGACAUGCUUGCCAUAUCUGCAGAUGGUAACCGAAAACACUACCGCUUCAAGAAGUCCAUGGGGACAGAUGAACAGUCUCUCUUUGAUGGACUGUUCAUCGCACAGGAUGCCAAGGUGUCUGCCUUUGUUGACCAGAUAAGAAGCCACAUGAUACUUAGGACCGGUCAUGAUGUCUGUGGGCCAGCAACAUUUACAGCAGGCAGAGAAACUGCACAGAAGUCCAGGGCCAAGGUGGAUGAGGAAGGCCUGGAAAUUGCUGUUUGCAGACAUGGAAUGUUGCUGCAAGGCUUAAAUCACUAUCGUGGUGAAAUAUAUGCCUACCCAUUGUUCCUGCAGAAAGAGCUGGCUGAAAGAGCGAACAUAAAGUUCUUUUGUAUGGACCUCACUUGCAGGUAUUGGCCAUAUUUGGAGAAGAUGGCAGAGACGUUGCCCGAGCUCCAACCACUAACAGAGAUGAAGCCUUUUCUCUCUGUAAUGCAUGCCAAGGCUCACACUGGCAAAUGUGAGGUGAGAUGGGGUGGCAGAAACCAGGAGGGUGCAGGAAAUACUGUUGGUGAAGAAGUGGAGCAAGUGAACAGCUUUCUCUCAAGGGCAGCUCUGACUACAAAAUACACGACCAAGUCAGAGGAGAUAUGUUGA